AAAGAUGACUGGUGUCCCCUUUGUCGUCCUUACAGCAAAGAACAUGGCCCUAACGCGUUUAAUGCUUUGCGUCGUGGUUGCAAUCCUGGUUCUUGCACCUCGGCUUGACUUAGCCGCUCGCGUUGGGCCUUUAGACGACGGAACACACAUUGCAAAGCCUAACAAUGGUGGUCGCCAAGGAAAGGCCAACCUAGCUAGCGACCCUUCAGAGGAUGAACGGUCGAGUCUUUCAUUCCUCUACAAAUACAUGCCUGCCUCUGACAGAAAGAUGCUAUCCUACAGCUUCCUACUAAACCAAACACGCCUUGCGCUCAAGGCCCGUGCGGACAACGACUGGGCUCGGGAAGUGCCCUGGGAUGUCUUCCAGAACUAUGUCCUUCCCUACGCCAAUCUAGACGAGCCACGCGAGGACUGGCGAUCUGAAUUCUACGCGCGUUUCGCACCCAUGGUUUCCGGCACCACCAGCAUCCUGGAUGCGGCGGUUGCCCUUAACUACCAGAUCUGGACGAGCGGCGGUUGGAACAUCACCUUCAAGGCCCAGCAAACCCCCGACAUCAUGUCCCCCAGCCAGGUCAUCGAAGCGGGCUACGCCUCCUGCACAGGUCUAGCCAUUUUCUUAGUGAACGCAUGUCGGUCUGUGGGCAUACCCUCGCGGGUGGCAGGUAUCGCGGAGUGGGUUGGCAACGGUGGCAACCACAACUGGGUGGAGGUGUGGCAAGGGGGCGUCUGGUCCUUCACCGACCCCCUCGGCUUCCCGCACCGCCCUUGGAACACCACUUGGUUCUUCCCGGACCCCGUACGACAGGCGCUACCAGGCAGCUACCCGCAUGGGGUGUACGGCGCCUCGUUCAAACGCACCGGCAGGGAGUUUCCGCUUGCAUGGCGUGAUGAGUACGAGAGCGUUGUGCCGGGGUACGAUGUUACGACGUAUUAUAUCGAGGCGGCAGCCGCG